UGGGAGGCAGACGGAAUCAUUUAUCUAUGCAUGUUUGAGCAUGAUGCAGGUCUACCUCUGGGAAAUUAAAGCCACAACAUGCGGCAGGUCUGCUAGAUUUGUCGUCAGUUGUUAAAUUCUAAAGCACAUUUACGUGUUGUAGGUUCACAGACACACGGCAGACGUUUAGCACUAGCAUGCCCCCGCUUCUAGCCGCUCAGACAGGGGAAAGGUGGGACAUGGUAUAGCGAGUACUUUUCGCAGCUCUUUAAGGCGCAUCACGUGUGCAGCUCAGUGAACACAGUGCUCAGUACCCACCCUGUCGCUCCCGGUGAGACAUGCUGUUCUUAUGUACAGUAAGAGGAGGUGACUCGACCAGACCACGGUCUCUUUGUGCGACUGAAGCCUCGAAUGAAACAGCUGGACCCAUCUUGCCUUAAUUUUUAUUUUGAAAAUAGGAAGUUGGAGACGUCGCGAGGGGACGGGGUUAAAGCUGCGGGUUGGGUGUGGAUGAUCAGCUGCAGUAGAUCAUCAGAGGAGAAAACAUAUCUGACGUGAGGUACGGAAGAAGAGCUGUUUAGAUGAAAAUGGAUAACACAGCCUCAGGCAGCUGGACGCUAGAAAACAACCCCACCUCCUCCGCUGUGAAAAACUCCUGCCACCCCAAUCUAAAGAUGUUUCUUGCUGCCUUGUCCUUUGCCUACUUCGCCAAAGCUUUAUCCGGCAGCUACAUGAAGAGCACAAUAACACAACUGGAAAGGCGCUUUGAGAUUCCCAGCUAUCUGAUCGGCAUCAUAGACGGGAGCUUUGAAAUAGGGAAUUUGUUGGUGAUUGCCUUCGUGAGCUACUUUGGUGCCAAACUCCAUCGACCCAAAAUCAUAGCAGUCGGAUGUGUCCUCAUGUCUUUUGGGACUUUCUUAAUCGCCAUGCCGCACUUCAUUAUUGGACGCUAUAAGAUCGAAACAUCAGUUAGAUCUUCAGUGAAUUCAACCAAUAACCUCUCUCCAUGUCCAGCAAGCUCACCUGAGUCCACCAGGGCAGGUGACAGACCCUCUAUACUACCUUCCAGAGGCUGUGAGCGAGAGUCCAGUGUCUCCAUGUGGAUCUAUGUGUUUCUUGGAAACGUCCUGCGUGGGAUCGGGGAGACUCCAGUGCAGCCUUUGGGAAUCUCCUAUAUUGAUGAUUACGCACAACCUGAGAAUGCUGCCCUGUAUAUUGGCUGUGUUCAAACCAUAUCCAUCAUUGGUCCUGUCUUUGGGUACCUGCUUGGGUCCCUGUGUGCAAAGAUCUACGUUGACAUUGGCUAUGUGGAUAUGGAGACAGUGACCAUUACCCCUAGUGACGCCCGCUGGGUGGGGGCUUGGUGGCUGGGCUAUCUAAUUGCUGGUGCUAUCACCCUCAUGUCUGCGGUUCCUUUCUGGUUCCUGCCUAAAUCUCUACCCAUGCCGUUAGAAAAACACGAUACCAACUGCACCCCUGAGCAAACCAGGUUCAUCAAAGACUCCCCGACCAUGGCGCACAAAUUCCGACCUGAAGAGCCGGCUAAUUUACAUCAAAUGGCCAAAGAAUUCAUGCCUACAUUGAAGAGUCUCCUUGGAAACCCUGUGUACAUCAUCUACUUAUGUAUUACCAUCAUUCAGUUCAACUCUCUCAUCGGGAUGGUAACCUAUAAACCCAAAUUCAUCGAGCAGCACUACGGCCAAUCAGCAUCCAAAGCCAAUUUCCUCAUGGGCAUGAUCAACAUCCCAGCGGUGGCUCUUGGGAUGUUUUCUGGAGGAGUGAUCAUGAAGAAAUAUAAGCUGGGUAUCAUGGGAGCAGCCAAAUUCUCCAUUGGGACCUCCCUGCUGGGUUACUUCCUGUCACUCUUCUUCUUAGCCCUGGGCUGCGAGAACGCCAAGGUGGCAGGCAUCACGGUUUCAUACACAGGAGGGGAGAGCCUGUCUUAUCAGGAUCAGUUUCUCUUCUCUGGCUGUAACUCAGGUUGCUUGUGCUCAAAGAGGGAUUGGGAUCCAGUAUGUGGCGAGAACGGGAUCACCUAUGUGUCACCGUGCUGGGCUGGAUGCAACUCGUCUACUGGAUCUGGCAGAAAUACGGUGUUUGAUAAUUGCACUUGUGUAGCGCUGGCUCAUACCCAACCGAGCAACCUGACAGCCACUCUGGGCCAGUGUCCACGCAGAGACAGCUGUGACAAAAUCUUUCCAUACUUCCUGGCUCUGUCCGUGGUCAGCUCCUUCAUCAUCUCUCUGGGGGGAACACCUGGCUUUGUGCUGCUUGUCAGAUGUAUUAAGCCAGAGUUGAAAUCUCUCGCUCUUGGAAUCCACACGCUGGCCACUCGCACCCUCGCUGGAAUCCCCGCCCCCAUAUACUUUGGAGCCAUAAUUGACACAACAUGCCUCAAGUGGGGAUACAAGAUGUGUGCAGGAAGAGGUGCUUGCAGAAUAUAUAACACCUCAUCAUACAGGAUCGUGUACCUGGGCCUGACGUUGGGCUUGAGAACAGUGUCCUUCUUCCUCUGUAUCCCCGGCUUUGCUCUACUAAAAAGGCAUAUUAAGAGAGAGGAGAGAAAUGCUCUGACUAAUGGGAGUGCAGAGUUAGAGACACUACAGAAAGAGGACAACAGCUACACAAACUGUGAGCAGUUCAUACCUGCCUCAGAUCGCAAUCCCGACAGGGAGACACGCUUAUAAGCCUUAGCACAACCUUGUCUCGUUUGACCGGGCUCCAUAGAGCACAUAGCAUGUACAGAGAAUCACUGUGGACACUUUCGUAGCACAUCAAGUAAAUAUUUGUACAGGAUUUGUGUAGACAUACAAUUUUUUAUUUCUGCAAUGUAUACAUUUAUGUUUCCGUGUUUUUCAUGAAUUACAACCUUUUGUAGAAAUGCAAAAAAAAAUGUAACUGUGCUGUAUUUUAUAAUGUUGUCAUCAUUUUUAUGAAUAAAUUUGAUCAAAUGAAUUUACAGGUUUUGAUGUAUGUUGAAGUGCCAGAAGAAGAUGGUAAAACACCAUAAUGUCAGUCGG